AUGAUCCGGACCGAUCGCCUCUACUCCGCGGACGACCUAUACAUGCUUAGACAGGGUGAGGACGAGCCCCUUCGGGAGUAUGCAGCCAGGUUCAGCCACGAAUACUCCCGCUGCCCAGAUACUGAUGAUCGUGUCGCCUUCGGUGCUUUCAAGAGUGGCCUCCGAGAAUCCAACUUUCGGUACCUGGUCCACAACAACCCUUGGAACACAUAUGCCGAGCUGAUGAAGCAGGCAGCAGUUCAUGCCAAGGCUGAGUACUUCAACUCCAAGCGCAGCCCAGCCACCCCGGCGCAUAAUCCUUUUGCUGAUCCUCCACCUGCUUCGGUACCCAUCCCAGCUCCACCUCAACAUUCUGCCCCUACACCAAGCACCCAGGGUGCCCAGCACCCCAAGAGGAAGGAUAGCUACCAGCAUACCUUCAACAAUAACAAGCGGGGCAGACAUGGGAACCACCACCAGUCUAGUGGAAGCAACCCCCCCAGGACAAAUGACCGGGCCCCACUCCCAUUCUCACCCAAACCCAGGUUCGAGGUCUUCACCACCCUCAACACUACCUAUGAGAAUGUCCUAGUGCACGAGGCACCUAUCAUACCUCAGCCUCCACCCCGGAAACCAGGCAGCAAGCCUAUGCCUAACACAGGAGUCUUCUGUCGCUUUUAUCAGUUCGGUGGCCAUGAUACCGAAUCUUGUGUUGCCUUGCGCAACAUCAUUAAGGGACUUAUUCGCGAAGGGAAGCUGGAUAAAUACGUGCACAACCUCCCACCCCCACCUAACCCUCACCAACGGCAGAUCAACAUGAUCUCAACCAUCAGUGGUGGCCCAACCAUGGCUGGAACCUCCAACAACUCCAUCAAACAUUAUGUUCGCUCCACCUAUGCGCACCAGGUCUUCAGCACUGAGCAGGGACGCUUGCCGAAGACACAAAAACAGGCUGGGCCUCCAUUACCUUCUGCGAGGAGGAGGAGCGUGGCGUUAUCCUCCCUCAUGAUGACCCAAUCAUUAUCCGCGCCGACAUAUCUAACUUUGACGUUGGGCACAUCUUGGUAG